AUGCAGAUUAAACCAUUCUUGACGUCGGCGCUCCUAGCCCUUUCACUGGGUGCGGAUACUGUAGCCGCAUCCAAGCAUGGUCGCUUCGGACAGCUUUCUCGUGCGCCAAUGGAGAAGGCCAAGAGGGCCUUACAGUCGGCGAAGGAUCAUGUAGUAAGGACUACGACCAAGUAUCGCUUCUUGAGCAGCAAGUCAAAACCUUAUAAGGUCAAUCAUUUGCCCGAUGUGCAUUUCGAUAUUGGUGAGAUGUACUCGGGGCUAGUGCCAAUUGAAAAGAAUGAUACUUCACGAUCGCUCUUUUUCGUGUUUCAACCAACUAUUGGUGAGCCAGUGGAUGAGAUUGUGAUCUGGCUCAAUGGCGGCCCGGGCUGUUCUUCCAUGGAAGGAUUUCUUCAAGAAAAUGGAAGAUUCACGUGGCAACCGGGAACCUUUCUCCCUGUUGAGAACGAAUACUCUUGGGUGAACCUGACCAAUGUGUUGUGGGUUGACCAACCCGUUGGGACUGGAUUCUCUAUUGGCAACCCCACAGCAGACUCAGAGGAAGAGAUUGCCCAAGACUUUGUCAAAUUUUUCAAAAACUGGCAGGAAAUCUUUGGAAUCAAGAACUACAAGAUUUACGUGACAGGUGAAAGUUAUGCAGGACGCUAUGUUCCAUACAUUUCAGCGGCUAUCUUGGACGAGCAGAAUAAGGAGAACUAUGAUUUGCAUGGUGCACUUAUGUACGAUCCUUGCAUUGGUCAAUUCGACUGGGUUCAGGAGGAAGCCCCAGCUGUACCACUUGUACAAGCGAAUGCAAACUUAUUCAACUUCAAUGAGACAUUCAUGGCCGAGCUCGAAAGACUUCACAAGAAAUGUGGAUACGAAGACUUCAUCGACAAAUAUUUGACCUUCCCACCACCCGAGCAUCAGCCACCCAAGUUCUUUAACUACACAACCGACGCUGAAUGUGAUGUUUUCGACCUGAUUUACAAUGAGGCAUUCAGCACAAAUCCUUGCUUCGACUUGUAUGAGAUCCCUACUAUGUGUCCUCUGCUGUGGGAUGUGUUGGCUUUCCCCGGUUCCCUCGGCUAUCUUCCCGACGGAGCAACCGUGUAUUUUGAUCGGGCAGAUGUCAAGCGGGCACUACACGCACCCAACAUUACCUGGUCUGAGUGCUCAGAUGGACCUGUCUUCACUGGUGGUGAUGCAGGACCUCAGCAAGAAGGAGAUAUCUCUGCGAACCCGAUUGAGAAAGUACUUCCUCAGGUCAUCGAAGCAACGAACCGUGUCCUUAUUGGUAAUGGUGACUAUGAUAUGGUCAUCAUAACUAAUGGCACUCUUCUUUCUAUUCAGAAUAUGACUUGGAAUGGUCAUCUUGGAUUCCAGAAGAAGCCCGAGAAGCCCAUCGUUAUCGAUCUUCCUGAUCUUCAGUACCAGAGCGUCUUUGCUGAAAAUGGAAUGACUGGUCUGGAUGGACCCCAGGGUGUCAUGGGUAUCCAACACUUCGAGCGUGGCUUAAUGUGGGUUGAGACCUACCAAGCCGGGCACAUGGAGCCUCAAUACCAACCGCGUAGUUCUUACAGACAUCUUUCGUAUCUUUUGAACAGAACACAAGAGAUCUGA